AAUGCAACUGGUGCAAUAUACCUAACUAUCUAGAAAAAUAUAUCUACGUGUUAGAUAGCACAUUGGACUCCAGCCAAGAUUCAAUGAAGGCAGUUUGACAAACACCGGUUGGACAUAUUUCGACAUGAGUGAAAUUCAGCUAGCAAGAUCCUUGCUUCCCUCACAGGUGAAGUUAGAAAUCUCCGAUGAAGGACUUGAAAGUGAAGGAGAUCAGGAAUCGGAUAGAAUCCCUUUCUCCGAAUCUACAAAUAUUCAAUACUCAGACAUGGAUAGAUUCAACAGAUUAGUGAAGAAUAAAAACAAGGAAAACAAAGACAGUCCAAAACGAGUGUCGUCCCCACGAUCUAAAUUAAGACAGUCAUUAAAUACCAAUGUUAAAGCUGAAGAACCUUCUUCUUGUACAGAACGUUCUAUAACUCCAACAAUGGAAGCUGAUGAUAUUCAAGCACCCCUUACACCAACUGCUAAUCUUAAAAUGCUUUUCAGUGCAAUGAGUCCAGAAAUUAGAAAUCGGGAUAAAAGAAAGGAACUUUUUAAUGAAGAGCCUGUUGAAGAUAAGAGCAAAUCAGUGCAAGUUGAUGAAGUUGAAAUGGAAGGAGAUGCCAAUCAGGAUUUAGAUGGGGAUAGUUGGAAACCUGGAUCAAGGAAAGAAAAAUCUUUAGGACUUCUUUGUCAAAAGUUUCUGCAGAAAUACAAGGAAUUUCCAGGGGUGAAUGAGAGCAGUGAAAUAUCACUGGAUGAAGUUGCUAAAGAAUUGGCUGUGGAGCGCAGGAGAAUCUACGAUAUUGUCAAUGUUCUAGAAAGUGUGGAAAUUGUCAGUAGGAUUGCAAAGAACAAAUAUGCCUGGCAUGGAAAGACUAAUCUGAUCAAUACUCUUGGAAAAUUAAAGGCUUUGGGUGUUGCAGAAGGUUUCGACGAGCAGCUCAAAAAUGUGAAGGACUAUGAAUUAAACCGUGAAUUGGAAGAGCAAAUAACAAACAAGGAUGGUAACUCCAAACAAAAUAGUCAAAAAGGCAAAGGUGCAACAGCAGGUGGAACAGCUUUAAUGAGGAAGGACAAAUCACUUGGUAUCAUGAGUCAAAAAUUUCUCAUGUUAUUUCUUGUCUCCCAGCCCAAAACAGUAAACCUUGACUUGGCAGCGAAAAUUUUGAUAGGUGACCCAAAUGUUGACAGGACGGAAAAUUCCAAAUUCAAAACAAAAAUCAGACGCUUGUAUGAUAUUGCUAAUAUACUCACGAGUCUAGAUCUCAUCCGCAAAGUCCAUGUCACAGAAAUACGGGGGCGCAAACCAGCUUUUAAGUACAUCGGCCCUGAUGUAGACAAUAUGAAGGAUAUUAGUGUUUGCUACAAUGAUGGUUAUCAUCGACCUAGUUCGCGACAUUCUUUGCUGGAUUGUGUCAAAAAUCAACAUGUUGCUGAUCUAGUUGGUCCCUACAAACCCAUUAAACCUAGCUGCACCUCAGCAUCUAGUGCCUCUGAUGGUGACCAUAGCACUUCAUCAACCCCAAGCCCUGAGAUUCCAAAUGUUAAGAAAUCUUCCUUCAGACGCAAUUCUUCCUUUGAACAAAUUUGCCAGGUAGCAGAGAAGGAGCGACACAGACUAUAUGCUUCCAUGUCACAGCCUGCUAGUCCAACUUGUGAACAGCCUGAGGAUGAUUUCCCUAAGAGCUUGAGUCAGGAAGAUGUGCACCAGAAUUCAAAGAGGCAGAUUAAACCGAAAGGAAAACAUUUCAUUCUUCAGCAAAAAAAUGGUCAGUUUCAAAUAGUCAACUCUGAUAGCACAGGGACAACUGUCGCUCACAAACUCCCUGUACAACCAGUCACAAAGAAAAUGGUCAGUAUUGCAGUGCCAAAGGAAUCCUCUGAAGAAGUGCCAACCAAACCAGUGGCUGAAACUAUUGUAGUGAAAACCUCCCAGCUUAACCAGAAACAGGCCACCAUGAUUCCUUUGACAAAGGAUCAGAUUGAUGCUGUGCUCAAAUCCCUCAAAGUGCCAGUUCCUAUCAACAAAAAUCUGAAGAAACCUGGGGAAUUCCAGGAAAUUGUAGAUUGUUCAUCUUCUUUAAAAGUGCUUGAAAAACCAAAGGCUAUUGUGUGUUCUACAGAAACAAUUAUGUGUUCUCUUGACAGUGCUAAUAAUAAACACAAGAGGCCUAACAGUGAAAGUCCAGAAGUUGAUCCAUCAAAAAGGAUCCGUAUAGAAUAUGCCUCUCCUCCAUCGGACUCGGAAUCAGUGUGUGACAUUUCAAGUGAAUCUACCUCUCCCCUUGUUCAGCAAUCUCACAUGAAGCAAAGCACAGGCGGAAACGUCCAACAGAUUGCCGUUCAGUUGCCAAACAAAUCACCAACCAUACUCCAGUUUCCCAUUGGCCAAUCUGAUAAUUGUCAUAUCAUUCAAACACCAAAGAUGACCCAGCCCAAUGUGUCAAACCUCACUCCACAAAUGCAAAUUAUCCAAGGCGUGCCUCUUAGUGCCUCUGGUGUUCAGGGACAACCCAUUAACUUUAUGGUGCCAAUUACAUUCAGUCCACCUCUUACUCCUCAGAGUGGGUCUUCUAGUCCAACCAUGUUUUCUUUUCCCACCACGCCAUGUACCUUUUCAACUAUCGAACAGCUACAGAGCAUCUCAAUGGCAACAUCCAAAUUGACCAGCCCUGUUCCAGUGACCAAUCAGAGUUUGUUGACACCCACAGAAAGGCCAACAAUGUCCACUUCCCAAUUUAUUACGCCAACAGAGAGACUGCAGGUACCGUCUUCAAAAUUCUUCGGUUACACACCUGGUGGAUUCCCAAAUGGCAGCCCAUCCAUAUCAAUUGUGCCUACAAUUACCAAAGAGAUCUCAAGCUCCACGGCACGGAAACUUGAUCUUCCCGACAUUGCUAGCAUAAAUUGUUAAUAGUGCAAGAAGUCAUUCAUUUGACCUCAAUCUAGUGAUUUAUCAUUAUGUGUCUACAAGAUUUGCUUGGUGCAUGGAUUUACAAGCUCGUGUAAAUGGAUAUAGAUGUUACUUUUCAGUUGUGCGUGGUUUGAUUGUUUUACGGUUGAGUGAAUUUUAAAUUGCCUGAUUUUUAUCCAUUUUGUUAGUUAUUGAUUAUUUCAGUGUAUACAUGUAAUGUGUAGAUGGGCGUUGCUUAA